CUGAACUUAUUAUAUAGGACGUACAGUUAAAUAUUUAAUAUUUAUAAAUCUUAAAUUUUGAGCUUGAACCUGAAGUGUUUUAGAAUAACGAAUGUUCAAUGUAUUCUAAAAAUUAAACAUUGAUGUUUAUUGUAUAAUUUAAUUAAUUUUUUAAUACAAAAUUAGUCCUUGUAAUGUUUUGGUUUUUAAUUUAAAUACAAUUUACGACAUUUAUUUUUAUUAUAUUUUGUAUUUUAAACUUUAUUGAAAACGAACUAAACGUAUUUAAAAUUUUAAUAGACCACGAUGGAAACAAAUAAUGAAACUAUUAAGAAACAAAAUGUUGAAGUUCCUUUACAGGAUGAAAAAGUCAUUGAAAAUACAAAUACUUCAAAGUCUCCAGUUAUGCUAAAAAAAAAAUCAAAAGGACGAUCAUUAAGGAAAAGAAUAGACGAUGAUGAACAAGAAGAUGAAGUGGAUAUAUUAGGUAAACUUGAAGAAAUGAAAACUAUGCAAAAACUAAGAGAUAGGCCAAAUGGUGUUAAUAUCAUUAGCCUCGCAUUAGGGGAAAAACUCUCUCAAGAAGAAGAAAAAUUGAUGGUUGAUCCAUUUAAAGUAAAAACUGGUGGAUUAAUAAAUAUGGAUGCUUUAAAAACUGGACAAGUAACUCAAGUUGAUGAUGCGUAUGAUACUGGAAUAGGAACACAGUUUUCAGCUGAAACUAAUAAACGAGAUGAAGACGAAGAAAUGAUGAAAUAUAUUGAUGAACAAGUGGCUGUACGAACUGGACGAACAGUAGAUGUAGAUGAUGAUAAUGCCAAUCUCAAUAAAUCAAAUUAUUGCCCACCAGAAUUGGCAGCUUUACAAGCUGUUCCAUCACAUUUAAGAAACUCAACCACUCACAGAUCUGAAGAAAUGUUAUCAAAUCAAAUGUUAAGUGGUAUUCCGGAAGUAGAUUUAGGAAUUGAUGCAAAAAUAAAAAAUAUUGAAGCAACAGAAGAAGCUAAAAUGAAAUUAAUUCGCGAUAAGCGUAAUAAAAAAGAUGGUCCAUCACAGUUUGUUCCUACAAACAUGGCUGUUAAUUUUGUACAACAUAAUAGAUUUAAUAUUGAGAUAACAGGACCAGAUGGGAAAAAAGUUUAUAAACAACAACCUGCAGUCAAACAAGAUCAUUCUGAUGAAAACAAUAUUGAUAAAAGAAAAAAGAAAGAUAAUGCAACUGAUGAUUUUCAUUAUGAAAGAUUCAAAAAACAGUUUCGUAGAUAUUAAGAUUUUUACUAUAAAUAAAAUGUACUGAUAUAUUUUAUGUGUUCAAUAUAUUUAUGUAUAUUGUAUUGUUUAUUAGAAAUUAUUGAAAAAUAUUAAAAUAUACAUAUUUAACUUAUAUUGUAUACAAAUUUUGUAAGUAUAAAAAAUAUAUUAACACACUUAAUAUUUGUGUUCAGCUAUAAUGUUUAUGAAAUUAAAAGAGAGAGAGAAAAAUAUAAGUAAUAACUUUCUACUUUGGUAUACAAAAAGGUUUCAAGUAAACUCUCGUUGAACAGAGUAUAUGUAUGUUUUAUGAUUUAUUUAAACUGCUAAUAAAUGAAUUUAUUUUAAAAAACA